AUGAAAAAUCUCAAUAGAAGCCCCCUCUAUAGUAAUGAUCUAUAUUAAAAUAAUCUCUAAUCAAAUUUAGAUAUGCGUAUGAACUUUUAAUUAUAGAAGUAAGAAGGCAAAAGGACAUAGGAAUUAGUCGAUUCAAUUAAAAUUGAAAAAUUUGAUUUAUUGGAUGUUAAUGAUAAAUGA